UUUGGUGGUUUUUCCCUUUUCUUUAUUUUCUCUCUCAUGGAGGGAAUCAAAGGGAAGCCGCGUUGAGCUGUUACCAUCCCUUUUUACUGAUUUCCAUUUCUCUCUCUCUCUCUCUCUCACGCUUCUAGCCCUGUUCUUAUUUAUGUUCAUACAUCUCCCUCUCUCUUCUUUUAUAACUCUGUAUUCUAUUUCAGCUGUAAUCUUCCUUCCAUUUUUCAUUUUACCCAUGAGGCCAAAAUCUCUGUUUUUUGCCGUUUUCAACGUUUGAGAGUUGAAAUCCGUGUGUGUUUGUGUGGAGAAUUUGAGGGUUUGUCGGAGAUUUCUGUUUUUUGAACUGGGUUUGAGGCAUUGGCUAUAGAAAUGGCUAAUUGGUGGAGAAAAGAGAGCCAUAAAGGAACCCCUGUUGUUGUAAAGAUGGAGAAUCCCAACUGGUCAAUGGUUGAACUUCAAGGCCCUUCCGAUGAUGACUUCAUUAUCGCCGCCGAGUCGCCGCCGGGUAGAAUCAGAGAGAAAGGACGAGGAAAAAACGCCAAGCAACUCACUUGGGUUCUUCUUCUUAAAGCUCAUAAGGCUGCCGGUUGUUUAACUUCCAUUGGCUCUGCAUUGGUUAACAUCGGCGCUGCUGUUAAACGCCGUGUUGCUUCCGGUAAAACCGAUGCCGACCUCGACAACGACAAUGACAACGCCGACAGCGGCGUGAGGGAAAACCCAACUGUCAAAACCAGGUUUUAUUUGUUUAUUAAGAUUUUCCUUUGGGUGUCGGUGGGUCUGUUAGGGUUUGAAGUGGCGGCGUAUUACAAGGGCUGGCAUUUUAGCGCACCCCAUCUUGAAUUGAACUACUUUUGGGCAUACCCAUUUGGGGUUAAGGAUGUUUUUGAUUGGAUUUACUCGAAAUGGGUUGUGAUUCGUGUGGAUUAUGUUGCUCCUCCUCUCCAGUUUUUGGCCAAUGUUUGUAUAGUGUUGUUCCUCAUUCAAACUCUGGAUAGGUUGAUUCUUUGUUUGGGUUGUUUCUGGAUCCGCUUCAAGAAAAUCAAACCGGUUCCUAAUGCUUCGGCGUUCGAUCUUGAAUCUGGAGAGACUGGUUACUUCCCUAUGGUUCUUGUUCAGAUCCCAAUGUGCAAUGAAAAAGAGGUUUAUCAGCAAUCAAUUGCUGCUGUAUGCAACUUAGACUGGCCAAAAGACAAGUUACUGAUUCAGGUUCUCGACGACUCGGAUGAUCCAAUCACCGUAUUGCUGAUCCAAGAGGAGGUUCGUAAAUGGCAGCAACUCAACGCCAACAUCGUGUACCGACAUAGGGUGAUUCGAGAGGGGUAUAAGGCAGGCAAUCUCAAGUCUGCCAUGAGUUGCAGCUAUGUCAAAGACUAUGAAUUUGUUGCUAUCUUUGAUGCUGAUUUUCAACCUGCCUCUGAUUUCCUUAAAAGAACACUUCCUCAUUUUAAGGAUAACGAGGAACUUGGACUCGUUCAAGCGCGGUGGUCGUUCGUUAACAAGGACGAGAACUUGUUAACCCGAUUGCAGAACAUUAACUUAGCCUUCCAUUUCGAGGUGGAGCAACAGGUUAAUGGAGUUUUUCUUAAUUUCUUUGGAUUCAAUGGCACGGCUGGUGUUUGGAGGAUUAAGGCUCUUGAAGAAGCCGGUGGAUGGCUGGAAAGAACCACGGUUGAGGACAUGGACAUUGCGGUUCGUGCUCAUCUUCAUGGCUGGAAAUUCAUAUUCCUCAACGAUGUAGAGUGCCAAUGUGAAUUACCCGAAUCGUAUGAAGCGUAUAGAAAACAACAGCACCGAUGGCAUUCUGGACCGAUGCAAUUGUUUCGUCUUUGUUUGCCUGAUAUCGUUCGAUCAAAGAUUGGCAUAUGGAAGAAAUUCAACUUGAUCUUCCUGUUCUUUCUGCUACGAAAGCUGAUAUUACCGUUUUAUUCAUUUACACUUUUCUGCAUUAUUCUUCCGAUGACGAUGUUCGUUCCCGAAGCCGUGUUACCUGCGUGGGUCGUAUGUUACAUUCCAGCCACCAUGUCUUUUCUCAACAUUCUUCCAGCACCAAAGUUCUUCCCUUUCAUUGUCCCUUACCUCCUUUUCGAGAACACAAUGUCGGUAACAAAGUUCAACGCAAUGGUUUCGGGACUUUUUCAACUCGGCAGUGCAUACGAAUGGGUCGUUACGAAGAAAUCAGGUCGAUCCUCCGAGGGUGAUCUCGUCUCGAUGGUCGGGAAAAAAGAGUUGAACACUGAAAAGAGUGCAUCAGCUACCAACCUUGAGGAGAUUGAGUUAAUACAAAAACAGGACAAGAAUUUGUCGAAGAAGAAGCAUAAUAGAAUAUACAUGAAGGAACUAGCAUUGGCUUUCCUUCUUCUAACAGCCUCAGCUAGAAGCCUUCUCUCAGCUCAAGGGAUUCAUUUCUACUUCUUGAUGUUUCAAGGAAUAUCCUUUCUCCUCGUCGGUCUCGACUUGAUCGGCGAGCAGGUUGUUUGAAACAAAAACUCGGAAACCGAUGACAUCUAAGUUCCAAAAUACACGGAGUUGAAAACUACGUACGUCUGUUGGCAACAAUGUUCCAUUUUCGAAUACUGAAUUGGUCGACUAAGAAGAAACAUUGUAGUACAGAGAGAACAGCAGAGAAAUGGUGAUGGUGUGGAAGAUAUAAGCAAGAUUCUUUUCUGAUAUUCCUUUUGUUUGGGAGGCAAUUCUUUACAAGAACAUUGGAGGAUUCAAACAUGAACAGAUAGAGAAUAGUAGCAGUCUGUGUUCUUUCUUUGUCUCCUUGUUUGGUUCUAAAUGUUCUGUUUUCUUCCCUUUGUUAAUAAAAUUCCUGUGAAUGCCAUUAGUUCUGUCAUUAUCAAUGUUGGCUCAAUGUUUCUCAAA